ACAUUUAGAGAGAGAGAGAGAGAGAGAGAGAGAGAGAGAGAGAGGCCGACAUGGCGGCGACUUCCGGUGCGGUGGUGAACGGGCUGGGGUCGGCCUUCUUGAGCGGGGGGAGGAGGAGCCGGUCCUUGUUGAGGGCAGCCGGCUUCGGGGCCAAGGCGGGGAGCGGAGCCGGCUCUAGGAACUUGGUGGUCGUCGCGGCGGCUCAGCCCAAGAAGUCUUGGAUCCCCGGCGUGAGGGGCGGCGGUAACUUCAUCGACCCCGAGUGGCUCGACGGCUCGCUCCCAGGUGAUUACGGGUUCGACCCGCUCGGGCUUGGCAAGGACCCGGCAUUCCUCAAGUGGUACCGAGAGGCGGAGCUCAUCCACGGCCGGUGGGCCAUGACCGCGGUGGUCGGCAUCUUCGUGGGCCAGGCCUGGAGUGGCAUCCCGUGGUUCGAGGCCGGGGCCGACCCCGGCGCGAUCGCCCCGUUCUCCUUCGGUUCCCUCCUUGGGACUCAACUCAUCCUCAUGGGGUGGGUCGAGAGCAAGCGGUGGGUCGACUUCUUCAACCCGGACUCGCAGUCGGUGGAGUGGGCCACGCCGUGGUCAAAGACCUCCGAGAACUUCGCCAACGCCACGGGCGAUCAGGGCUACCCAGGAGGCAAGUUCUUCGACCCGCUCGGCCUCGCCGGGACGAUCAAGGACGGGGUCUACAUUCCGGACGCUGAGAAGCUGGAGAGGUUGAAGCUGGCCGAGAUCAAGCAUGCCCGGCUUGCUAUGGUGGCCAUGUUGAUCUUUUACUUCGAGGCUGGGCAGGGCAAGACCCCGCUUGGGGCUCUUGGAUUGUAAAGAGUUUGAACUUGAAUGAACCAAAAAUGGCUGUAGAUAAAUUGGAUUUGGGGAAAAAAUUGACAGCUUAGAACCUCCAAUGUUGUAUGAGAAAUCGUGUCCCCUGCGAACUAUUUCAUCCCAUGAUUCGUUGCUAGAAACUAGUGAUGUGUUUGUAAGAGAGUUUAUGAUAUGAUAAAUCAUGAUCGAGAAA